AUGUCGACCCACAGCUUCACGAUCAACAACGCAAAUCACACUGGCAUCACUGUCAGCUCACUUGCCGAAUCGCUCAAAUUCUGGGAAGGUCUACUUGGCUGCAAGAUUCUCUAUCGCAAUCACAUGGCAAUGAGCCCGGAGCUCAAUGUCAUCGGCGUAACGGAUGCCGUCAUGGACAAUGCUAUGGUUGCGUUGCCAGAUGGGACUCGAAUAGAGUUGCUAGAAUACUCAGCGCCUGCUGAUCGCAAGGUAUACAAACCCAGAGGAUGCGAUGUUGGAAGCGCUCACAUUGCGCUUGACGUGAAGGGAACUGAGGCGCUCAUUGAGGAAGCAACGAAGCUGGGCUGGAAAGCAGUGGAUCGUCCGCAGAGGAUUCGUCGUGGUGAUGGUACGUACUGGACUGCCAUCUAUAUGAUCGGUCCAGAUGGAGAGACGAUCGAAUUGUUGGAGAAGCUGGAUGAAUGA